CCAACCAAACAAACAAAAAAAACCAACACAGCGCUGAUGUCCCCAGCCACUGCCAUGCCCAAAAGAAAGGCUGAAGGGGAUUCUAAAGGAGAUAAAGCCAAGGUGAAGGAUGAGUCUCAGAGAUCUGCAAGGUUGUCUGCUAACCCUGCUUCUCCAAAGCCAGAACCCAAGCCCAAAAGGUCCCUGCAAAGAAGGGGAGAAGGUCCCCCAGGGGAGAAGGGAAAAGCUGGUAAGGAUGAGAAUAAUCCUGCAGGAAAUGGAGACACCAGAACAGACCAGGCACAGAAAGCUGAAGGUGCUGGAGAUGCCAAGUGAGAUGUGUGCAUUUUUGAUAACUGUGUACUGCUGGUGACUGUACAGUUUGAAAUGCUAUUUUUUAUCAAGUUUUAUAAAAAUGCAGAAUUUGGUUUUACUUUUUUUUAAGCUAUGUUGUUAGCACAUAGAAUACUUCAUU